AUCACGAAUACGCUCCUCGCAAUUCACAUACCCUCCCAUAAGGCCACUACUCGCAAAGAAAAUAGUAUCGUAAGGCUGAUCGCUUUGCUGGCGCUAACGCACGUAUCAAAAGCCAAACGCCUCACCUCAAUCUCCAUCCGCAAGCGACGAAACGGACCUCCCAAAUUCCAUUACCAGAAAACCCGCGCGAAGUACUGCAGACUAGGGCCCUGCACCUCCCCCAGCGAAACCACCACCAGCACUGACAGCGCGCGACGCCGUCAACCCGCAUAUACACGACUCAUAUCCCGCCUUUCGCUCUCGUGCCCCACCGCCCUGCUUCCUGCUACCUGCUAAAAGGCUCGCGCGCUAUGAACAACUUCUCUUCCUUCCUCGACACGUCGAACCCCAUCUCCAACAACAUGCCCAGACAACCGCCGACCCCCUCACCGCCUCAAAGCGGCGUACCGCCCCAUUCGAAUGGGAUGGGAGGCCAGACCAAUGGUGUACCUUUAGUGAAUGGCCUUCCCAGCGGAGGCCAGCAGACAGACAUGAAUCAUUUGUGGAAUGUGGUGCAGCAACUCAGCCAGGUGUUGGAGGAGAAUCGGCAGCAGACAUUAGGGAUAGUCAAUGGAGUUCAAGCUAUACAACAACGGGCAUCGGAAGAAGGCGGUAUUGGGAACAUGAGCUUGAACCAGGUUAAUGGAGAAUUGAAUGCCGCAUCAAGAACAGCAGAGAUCCAAACCUUAAAUACCCAACUAUCGAGCGCCCAGACCCAGAUCAACAGCCUCACCGACUCCAACAACGCCCUCACGAACCUCAUCACAGACUACGAAAACGCAAUCACAGUGCUGCUCGAGAAGCUCCGUCCCUACGCCUUCAACCAGACCCAGGCCAUCCUGUCCCUGCACAAACACUACCAGGGCCUCCUCGAGCAGGAGCGCGCGACGUCCAUGCAGGUCCGGCUGGAGCACGCGGAGUGGCAGGCCGGCCUCGGGAGGGUGGCAGAGUACGCCCGGCUGGCGUUGAAGGUGCAGAACGAGGACGAGAUGCCGUAUAAGAGGGAAAUCAAGGAGUUGAAGGAGGAGAACCGCGUGCUUCGGAGAUUGGCUGGCUGGGAGGCAAAAGCAGACGACAGCAGCGAUGAGGAGGGGGAGGAAAACCGCAUACAGUGAUGGGUGGCUUGUGGGUGAUGUCGAGGCUGUUGUUACACCUCGUGGGUUUGGAUUUAUUAAGCAUAGCGAGGCGUUCAUUGAUCGUUCAACUGAAGAGGAAUGCAUGGCAUUUUGUGGGUAUAUCUCACACUGCAAGUCAUGGAAGAGUGGGAUUGGUAAUUAGAGUGAAUAUUGAUAGCACGAAGGUAAUCUACGACAAAGGAUCACAGGAUCCAAAUACCCCAAUGAGUACCUAAGUCAUUACGCCUUGUAAUCUCCUUGUCGAAACUUUUGUAUCACGGUUCCGAUUGCCGUGAUAUAUCCUGG